AUGCCAAAAUUUUGUUCAGCCCUGGUCACGUUGUGGCGCCAUCUGGCGUGCGGUAGCCGCGACUGUCAACCGCGAAAGGACACGGAUACGGAUACGGAUGCGGAUGCGGCAGUUGCGGAUGCGGAUGUGGACACGGACGCGAGCGCGGCACCGCGACCAAUAGAUUUGGCCAAGCCCAAGCGAACUGAAGACAACGAGAGUUGCAGCCCGCCAAAGGCAACAAACCUUGGACCACAUGCAACAAUCGCAGUUACUGCGACGCCAGCUGCGACGCCGGCUUCGACUCCGGCAGAGGCAGCGACUGGGGGGAAAAGGAAAGCAGACAGAGCGGAAGCGAGCCGCUCCGGCGACUUAUGGCCAUGUUUGUUGUACGGGUAA